CGUACGUUCUGCAUGAUGGUGCCCGCCUACACUUACGAUGUGGACCGCGCUGAGGAGCAGCGCAGGCACCAGGAAACGAUGCCCUACAUCGAUGACUCCCCUUCGUCUUCGCCGCACCUUGGCGCCAAAAGCCGGGGAAGCCGAGAGACCCAGUCCUCUGGAUCCUUGGAGUCCUCCAAGUCGUGUGAAACAGACUUGGAGAAGGGUCUGGAGAUGCGGAAGUGGGUCCUUUCAGGGAUCCUGGCCAGCGAGGAGACCUACUUGGGACACCUUGAGGCCCUAUUGCUGCCCAUGAAGCCCCUGAAGGCGGCGUCCACCACGUCACAACCCGUCCUGACCAGUCAGCAGAUAGAGACCAUCUUCUUCAAGGUUCCGGAGCUCUACGAAAUCCACAAGGACUUCUACGACGCGCUUUUGCCGCGCGUCCAACGCUGGAACCACCAGCAGAGGGUUGGGGACCUCUUCCAGAAACUGGCCAGCCAGCUGGGGGUCUACCGCGCUUUCGUGGAUAAUUACGAAGUCGCCAUGGAGACGGCGGAGAAGUGUUGCCAGGCCAACGCUCAGUUCGCCGAAAUCUCCGAGAAUCUAAAAGCGCGGAGCAGCAAGGAUUUGAAGGAUCAGACGACGAAAAACUCGCUGGAAACCCUCCUCUACAAGCCGGUGGACCGCGUCACACGCAGCACCCUCGUCCUCCAUGACCUCCUGAAGCACACUCCUUCCUCCCACCCGGACUUCCUGCUCCUCCAGGACGCUCUCCGCAUUUCCCAGAACUUCCUCUCCAGCAUCAAUGAGGAAAUCACACCAAGAAGGCAGUCCAUGACCGUCCAGAAGGGAGAGGUCAGGACUCGAACCCGGGACACUCCAUCGAUAUUAAAGACCGCUAUCAUGGUGGAGCUGGUGGAAGGCGCCCGGGAAUGCGCCACGGUCUUCCUCUUCACAGACCUCUUCCUGCGGCAAAACUCAAGACGCAGAAGAUUCGCGGGUAAGGCCCAGCAGUAUGACUGCAAGUGGUACAUCCCGCUCUCGGACCUCAGCUUCCAAAUGGUGGAUGAUGCAGAUGCGGCGCCGAACAUCCCGCUGGUGGCAGAUGAGGAGCUGGACGCCAUGAAGGUCAAGAUCUCCCAGCUCAAGAGCGACGUCCAGCGUGAAAAGAAGGCGAACAAAGGGAGCAGGAACACAGAGCGGCUGAAGAAGAAGCUCUCUGAACAGGAGUCACUGCUCCUCUUGAUGUCGCCCAACAUGGCGUUCCGUGUCUGCAACCGCAACGGGAAGAGCUACACCUUCCUCAUUUCAUCGGAUUAUGAACGCGCAGAAUGGCGGGAGAUAAUCCGCGAGCAACAGAAAAAAUGCUUCAAGAGCUUCUCCUUGACGUCUGUCGAGCUCCAGAUGUUGACCAACUCCUGCGUCAAGCUCCAAACUGUCCACCAUAUUCCCCUGACCAUCAACAAAGAAGAUGACGAAUCUCCCGGACUCUACGGUUUCCUGAAUGUCAUCGUCCAUUCCGCUUCCGGGUUCAAGCAAAGCUCAAACCUCUACUGCACCUUAGAAGUCGAUUCUUUUGGGUAUUUCGUAAACAAGGCGAAGACGCGUGUUUACCGCGACACUACUGAGCCCAACUGGAACGAGGAAUUUGAAAUCGAAUUGGAAGGGUCUCAGACGCUGCGGAUCCUUUGCUACGGAAAAUGCUACAACAAAACGAAGCUCCAAAAAGAAGAUGGGGAGACCGCCGACCGCAUUAUGGGAAAAGGACAAAUCCAGUUGGACCCGCAAACGUUGCAAGACAAGGACUGGCAGCGAACGGUCAUCUUGAUGAACGGAGUCGAAGUGAAACUGUCAGUCAAGUUCACAAGCCGCGAAUUCAGCCUGAAGCGGAUGCCGUCACGGAAACAGACGGGCGUUUUCGGCGUCAAGAUCGCGGUAGUCACCAAGCGGGAGCGCUCGAAAAUACCGUACAUCGUCCGCCAGUGCGUCGAGGAGAUCGAGCGCCGUGGCAUGGAAGAAGUCGGCAUUUACCGCGUCUCUGGCGUGGCGACCGACAUCCAAGCCCUGAAGGCCGCCUUUGACGUCAACAAUAAGGACGUCUCCGUCAUGAUGAGUGAGAUGGACGUCAACGCCAUCGCCGGCACCCUGAAACUCUACUUUCGAGAACUCCCCGAACCUCUCUUUACAGACGAACUCUACCCCAACUUUGCGGAAGGAAUUGCUCUUUCGGACCCAGUUGCGAAAGAGAGUUGCAUGCUGAAUCUACUCUUGUCUCUUCCGGAGCCCAAUCUCGUUACGUUUCUUUUCCUCCUUGACCAUUUGAAAAGGGUGGCUGAAAAGGAGAAUGUGAACAAGAUGUCACUCCACAACUUGGCCACCGUUUUCGGACCAACGCUGCUCCGUCCAUCCGAAAAGGACAGCAAAAUCCCCACUAAUCCCACUCAGCCGAUAGCCAUGACCGAUAGCUGGUCUCUAGAAGUCAUGUCUCAGGUUCAAGUCCUCCUCUACUUCCUACAGCUCGAGACCAUCCCUACUCCGGAUAGCAAAAGGCAGAGCAUUCUUUUCUCCACAGAAGUGUAGGAAACAGCAAACCUAAUGGUCGGCGCGGGGCGUAAAUCGAACGAAAACGGGGUCAUCAAAGUCGCAGCGGGUACAGACUCUGGAAAUGAGGGGAAAACGGACUCAAAAUCCUUCCUUCAGUCAUUCCUCCGAUCCUGUUUCUUUGUCUACUUAGAGGAAAUUGUUCGAUUCAUCCGUUAAAGGUCUAGGAACAAGGUGAAAACGGACUCGAAAUUCCAUCUUUUCCCUUCAGAUAUUCAUCCGAUCCUGUUAUUCUGUCUACCGAGAGGAAACCGUUGUCCGAUUCAUCGAUUCAAUCUCUGGGAACGAGGUGAAAAUGGACUCAAAAUCCUAUGUUUUUCCUUCAAACAUUCCUCUGAACUUGUUUGUUUGUUUUAUUGAGAGAGAAAACUAUUAUCUAAUUCCUCCAUUAAGAGUCAGGAACAAGGUGAAAACAGACUCGAAAUCCUCAUCUUUUCCUUUAGAUAUCUCUCCGAUCACGUUAUUUUAUCUACCGAGAGGAAAACAUUGUCCUAUUCCUCUAUUAAGGUAGGCGAAAGAAUAGAUAUUUUGACCAAGAGAUGAUCCGGAAAGUUUUUACGAACAGGGGAUAGUGCAGAUUUCCCACUGGAUUUUUUUUGUAAGAUGGGAUUGAUUUUUAAUCAUUUUGGACGAAGAAGAAAAAAAAUGAAGAUUUCUAAUUUUGGACCAAAUGGAAAGAGCAAAAAUUAUUUGUCGGAACGGAAACUUUUAAGACAGUUUUUGGAAUUUCCUUCUUUUUUAUAUAAUAAUAACGACAAUAAUAAAUGGGACUAUUGCAGAAUAGAUAGAUAAAUAUAUAUAUUUCAACCAUAUAAUGCUUCCCACUUGCUGAUUGCAAAUUCAAUCCCUCGAUUUCAACCAUUUCUUUUUAUUUUAUAAAUCAAUCGAUUAAACGGGGGGGGGGGGGAAUUCAGAAUCUUUGUUAUAUUUUUUUCUUUUAACAACGAAAACGACAACAAGUUUAUUGAUUAGUCAGCUGACCGUAUUAUCAAUAUAUUUUUCUUUUAGUUUUUUUUAUUUUUAAAUUAUUGUUUCAUCCAUGCGGUUUCCUUGGAAGAUGAUAUAUAUAUAUCUAUAUUCUGUCAUGUUAAAAGGCCAGUAUCCUAAAGGAAAAACCAGAGGGAAGGCAAAAAGACGGGUCCAUGUUGUGUGUUUUUGUGUGGUUAUGUUAUGCGUUAGUUCGAUUUCCUUCAGUAAGGACCAAAACAUAGAUUUUAAAAAUGAUUUCAAUGGAUUUAAAUAUGAGUUUUAGAGAAAGGGUCACCUCCCUCUUUUCCCCAAACCCUUAUGAAAAAACAGUAAGUAUAUCGGAUAAGUAAAUCGAAAAAAAUUAAGUAAAUCAAAUAAGUAAAAUUGAAAAAAAAUCAAGUAAAUUUUUCCUACCUUUAAUCUUCUAAUCAAUCAGAAGAUUUAUAAAUUAGGAAAUAGAAGAUAUAUCAAUGGCCAACUUAAAGUCUUCUAGUUCCUAGUUUAUAUAAUCUUUCUGAUUGAGUAGCAGAUUAGAGGUAGGAAAAAUUUACUUGAUUUUUUCGAUUUACUUGAUCGAUUUUCUUAAUUAUUAAUUAAUUCUGGAGUUAUGAUUUUUGCUCAUGAUUACAUUUUCUUUCUCGCUUUGGAUACUUGAAUUUAAGAAAAACAAUUAGUCCUUCCAUGUCGUCACUUCCAAACGCACAAAGUGGGGUUUUUUUUUUUUUUUUUGGGUGAAUAGAAAACUUUAAUUAAUAACUCGUAAUGCUGAUUAUUAAUCAGGCAACAAUUCGUCUUGGUCUGGAAAUCCAAAUAUCCUGAUUUGUUUUGGAAAUCCAGAUAUUCUUUGUUGGUUCAGAUAUUCUGCCUUGUUUUGUAAAUCCACAUUUUCUCUGCCUUUUCUGUUCGGAUAUUUUGCCUUGAUUUUUUAAAAUCUAGAUAUUCCAAAACCUACUUUGAUAAUCUAGAUUCAUUUUUAUCUCUAGAGGACCAAACUUUUCCACAUUCUAUUCCAAAUAUUUGCGACACAAAUUACGAAAAUACGAAAAUGGACCAAUUAAUCCCCCGCCGCCCCCCGAAAUUAUACGCACAAUGGACCAAAAAAGUUUGUUAUCGCUUGUUUAUGGGUUGAUUUGUGGCGGAAAGCUAUGUUGACCAUAGAGUUUCCUAUCUCCAGUAUCUAUCAAUCAGUCAAUCAUCCUCUACUUAUCUACCUGCCUAUCUAUCCAUUCAUUCUUCUAUCUUGUCUGUCUCCGGUAUCUAUCCAUUGAUCCAUCUAUCUCCAGUAUCAAUCAAUCAAUCAUCCUGUAUUUAUCGAUAUAUCAAUUCAUCCAUUGUUCUGUCUCUCUCCAGUAUCUAUCCAUCAAUCAAUAAAUCUCCAGUAUCUAUCUGUCAAUCCAUCAAUGUGUCUCCAAUAUCUCUCCUCUCCAGUAUCUUACCUAUCUGUUGAUCAAUCGAUCAAUCGAUUGUUCAUUCAUCUACAACUAUCACCCCUCUCUGUUUAUCAAUCUAUCUAUACCAGUGUAUAUUUCUGUUUAUCAAUAUCAAUAGCUGCUGUUUUGUAAAAACAAUACCAAAAAAGCAAUAUUAAUAAUAAUUACAAACGUGCCAAUUCAUUUUGAUCUAAUUUUUCCCUAUUUUCUUCCUUUUUUAAAUUAAUUUAAAUUUAUACGCAAUGAUUUUGAUACUGAAUUGAUACCUUUUCUCCCGAACGAUUCGCUCUGGCCAUCUCUGCAAGGCCGUCACAUAGUUUCCUGGGCGAAUUCCUAUGAAGACAUGGGAAAUCAAAUAAAUUAAUAUUUGUUGUUUAAUAAUUCUCUUUAAUGUAAAUUAAUGCAUUCCUCUAAAUCGAGUGUGUCCAAUCGAUAAAUAAUAUGAUAAUUCGCAGGAAUUACCCUUUCGUUCUCUUUCUUUGGCCUCUAAAAGUUAGAUCGUUCUUAAUAAACGGUCAAUCUGAUAAACGUAUUGAUCAAUUCAGAACCCUCCUUCUGCCCUGAUUAAUUCCCUCUAAAUUUAUUGUAAUUUACAUCCGUGUGAUCAGCAUUUUCAAAUCCUGAUCCUGAAUUGAUAUAUGGACAGUAGAUAUGGGCAAGAUAUUGAUACGUGAAAGAUAGGUGGAAAUGGACGAUCAAUAGAUUCAGAAGAUAGAUAUGGAUAAUAUAUUGAUUUGGAUGCAUUUUGUAAUGUGGGAAAAGCGCAAGGGUAUAUUAUUGAUCGAUAAUUUCUGCUCGAUUUUUUAUUGAUCUAAUAAUUCUCAUUGAUUUAUUAUUAUGUCUUAAUAACUAAGAAACAUCGAUUUUUUAAUGAUUGUGUAAACUAUUUAAAAACUGUCUUAUAUAUUAAAUAAUGAGGAACGGGUACGAUCACAACUUUGUCCUUUUCAUCGAAUUAAUCGAUAAAGGAGGAUGAUUUUUGAUUGAUUUUGCUCAGAAAUCUGAAAUAUGUGAAAAUAUGUGGAAAUUUGAUGGGAAUUUAAUUCGAGGGAGUUAAAUCUGAAAUUUGAUUAAAUUUAGGGAUUCCCUUGAAUGAAUUUAUUGAAAAUUUGUUUUAGCAAAAAAACACUGGAAACGAUUCUGUUAAACCGCUUUUUUUUUUUAAUUAAAUUAUACAGUGUUUUUGAAAGAAUACAUAUAAUAAGGGCAGCUGUGAUUAAUUGAAUUUAUGGAUUAAAAAAGUCCAUGUAGGAUAAUUAAUAGAUAAUUAAAUGUGCGUCUUAAUUAAGCUUGCAUCCUUCUUCAUGUAUUUUCGAAUUUAUCUCGCCUUCGCGACUUCCGUAACGCUUUUUUCCCUCUAUUGAUUUCUGUUGAUUAAAAACUCAGAGGAAUGUCGACUAAUUGAUAAAAAAUAACUAUUUAUUUAAUUAUAAAUGCGAUUAAAUUAUAUUACUAGUGCGGGCGUUUUUCUUUUCCUUUAGAUCUUAAAAGCUUAAGGUUCGCUGUUGGUGUUUUUAAAAGCGUCUCGCUUCGUUUUAUUCACGCUGCGAUCUUCCGAAAAACCCAUGAUCGAGAAACGGAAAAAGAAAAACGGAGAAACGGAAGAGCGAAUAUUAAUUGAUUUUAAUUUUCCUGACCUUUUUAAAAGGUUGGACUGUUAGGAAUUACAUCCAUGAAGCUAAAAGUCCGUCUUAAUCGAUUUAAUCCAUCGAAACGAAGAAAUAGAUUUAAAUAACGGGAGAUCUGAGGCCUUUUGUUUGUACACAGUGUUAAAUAAAUUUAUUCUGUUAUCUGUUUUAA